AUGAAUGCACUGGCAACAGACAAGUCGUCCCAAGAUCGUUGGCGUGACAUACGUAGAUUUACCGAUAGGCCGUCAGCACUAGCGCACCCGGAAUUUCGACCAGAUGCUGAAAAUCUCGAGCAGAUUAGGAAUGCUCAUAUACUAGUUGUUGGUGCUGGUGGCCUUGGUUGUGAAGUCCUUAAAGAUUUGGCUUUGUCUGGAUUUUGCAAUAUUGAAGUUAUCGACAUGGAUACCAUAGACUUAUCAAACUUGAAUCGGCAAUUUUUAUUCAGGGAGGCAGAUGUUGGUAAAUCAAAAGCGGAUGUUGCAGCUGAGUUUAUCAUGAAAAGGAUACAGAAUUGCAAAGUGAUCCCGCACAAUUGUAACAUUGAAGAUAAGAAUGAUGAUUUUUAUCGAUCUUUUCAUAUUGUGAUUUGUGGUCUUGACUCUAUAGUUGCCAGAAGGUGGUUGAAUAACAAGUUGGUUAGUUUGGUGGAGUAUAAGCCAGAUGGAAGCCCUAAUCCAGAAAGUAUCAUUCCUUUGAUUGAUGGUGGAACAGAGGGUUUCAAAGGAAAUUCUCGUGUAAUUUUUCCAUCGGUAACUCCUUGCGUAGAGUGCACCAUUGAUCUUUAUCCACCUCAAGUUAAUUUCCCAAUGUGUACCAUUGCACACACACCUAGAUUGCCUGAACAUUGUGUAGAGUUCGUAAAAGUAAUACAGUGGGAUCGUGACAAACCUUUUGCCGGGACAAACUUGGAUCCGGAUGACCCGGCUCAUGUUAAAUGGGUCUAUGAAGAAGCAUUUAAACGAGCUAAAGAAUAUAACAUUGAAGGAGUUGACCUUCGCCUCACUAAAGGAGUUCUAAAGAGAAUUAUACCGGCUGUUGCUUCAACAAAUGCAGUCAUUGCUGCUUCUUGCACUCUGGAAGCUCUUAAACUGGCUUCGAACAUUGCUUGUCCAUUUACAAACUAUCUUAAUUUUGCUGACAUUGAUGGUGUUUUUAUGGGGACCGUCAAUCUUGAAAAACGACCAGAUUGCGUUGUUUGCGGCCAGCGAGCUGAUUAUAUUGAGGUUUCUCCAGUAGAGAAGUUAAGUGAACUGCUCAGUAAUAUAAUUGAAAAAUACAAGCUCAAAAAUCCUUCGUUGCAAACUGCGAGACAGCUACUUUAUAUGAAGAGUGAAAUCAUUUCUGAUUUUGCUAAGGCCAGCACCGAAAAUCUCGCUAAAACUUUAAAAGAGUUAGGGCUCUGUGAGGGUGACGAAAUCCUGGUGGCUGAUGAAAAACGGUCGCAGCCUCUUUCCUUACGGUUACGAUUUAUGGAGGACCAGCCGGAUUGA